CCAUCUAUAAAAAAGAUGGAAAUGGAGAACAAGACUAUGGAAGAAAGGGAAAUGGGAACGGAGAAGAAAAUAGUAGCUGUUUUGUUGAUAGUUGGCGUGAUGUUGGAUCAUUUGCAAAGCGUUGAGCCUUCUGAUGCCGAUUGCUAUGAUGGUUGCAUCACAGCUUGCGUACAACCAAACCUAAGGCUUAUGCGACGCUGUGAGAUCAAGUGCGGAAUUAAAUGCAAUUCUGGAUUUUAGCCAAUGAAACAUAUACCGCAUUGUGCAGCUUCUCAAAUGGAAGAUCCUUUGGGUUGAGGUAUUCUUCACCGCAUGGGAAAAGUUGGGCUCAUUAUCUAUUGUAACAGUUAGAAAUAACGGCCUAAUAGGCUUCUUCACUUGUACGCCUUAAUUUCCUGGAAAAUUUUCAUGUUUAAUUUAAAUAAAAAAAAUAUAAAUAAGGGCACGUGGCGUCAAUCUAUGCUCAAUGUGACAAAUACAAGCUAAAUAUCUUUGGCUUCAUGUUUGUCUUUAAACUGUCCUUGUAAAUAAAGAGGAAGUGUUGGUCGGCUUUGACUUAAGCUUGGGAAUCCUUUGCUGUUUAGUAAUGCUUCUGAAAGAGUUCCUGCGUCGAUUGCCAAUGCAUAUGAUAUGUGAAAGUCCACCAAGGGAGUUGUUCUGAACUCUUCAUCUUGGCCGAUUUCCAACAGGUUGGGUUGGUCAUUUGGGUCAAUUGAGGUCGCCGUGGGGCCUUUUGAGCCGACUGGCUUCCUUUUUCAAGCUCCGUUGCUCUUGCCCCCUAUUCUUAUUUAUGUUGGCCUCUCAAACUCUUCUUCAAUGAUUUUCAUUCUAUAAAGGUCAAUUGUGCCUUUGGCUUGGGGAUGUACUUUUCAUUUAGUUGUUUGAGUUGUUUGUGUUAGUACGUGUACACUGCAGCUAUUAUGUUGAUUGUAGGGGUAAUUACUUAAUUUCAUGAAAAUUAAUUUUUUUUUAUAAAUAAAAGCUAUUUUUUCUUAA